UAUAUUAUAAUUAUAUUAUAUAGGUCGCUAAAACGUACUUUUCCGAUUGUUUUUUCCCCCAAAAUAUUCUGUCAACACGCUAGACAGGAAGAACAUUUUCUUUUUCGCAAAUAUUUACCAACUCGUAGAUAGAGCUUUUUACGAAGAGAGAUGUGUGGUCCAGAAAUUGCCAAGUAUUUGAUCUGACGAGAUCUUGAUCAGACAGAAUAGCGUGCAAUUCAACUCAUUAAGAAAUGCUGCUGCCAUAUUUGGGGAGGGGGGAGGGGCAGAAUUAAUUAUUUUUUUAAACAAAGCUCUGAACGUUGCUCGCUUUUUUGAAGGGAAAAUUAAAAAUAAAAAAAAAUCGUUGGAAAAUGGUGUUAAAUGAAGCGGUUAAAUGGGUAAAACUUUGCAGAAAUGUGCAAUUAGCGCAGGAGUGCAAAGUAAAUAAUCUCUGUGUGAGAAAGCAUGAGUGAUCGCAGGCAGUGAAAUGAUCUUUGUCCUUUCCAGUAGCUCCCGCCUCCUCAUAACCUUGUCACCAAGUCAACCAGCAACCGGUCCUACCAUAUCAAUCAGAAAGGUCAACAUGCGCCGUGAAUUAUUUAGAAAAAAACCUCUGAAUAAUCAAUGGCAUGGCAGGCGGUUUUCAGUUUAACUUUAAAGAAUUGAAUUUCGGUUUAAACGCACGAAGAAAAAUAAGUUAUCUUGAAACGUCGGCACGAAUCGAUGACAAUCUCUUGAAAUGUUAGGAGAUAAUAUUUUUGACAGGAUUUAUUAACAGAGUCUUCUAAUCAAAAGUCAAUAUUUAAUCUGGUCGAAGCUUAAACCCGCCGUUGAAACAGGUGAGAGUUCAGGUGGGAGUAGAGUUAAAAUAUGAAUUGAAUCAAUAAUUCGGCAUAAAACUUUAAGACGCAGGAAACAGGAAGUCAAAGGGCUGUUAUGUUUAACCGGGUUGCUAAAACAAAACGUAAAAUUACUAAGAAAGCUCUGUAAUCUGAUGUUAGUAGAAAUGAAUAAUAGCACAUGAUUUCAAAUGCAAUUGAAAGAGUUAACAUGGGUUUGUUGUCAUAUGUCCCGAAACUGAACAAUGAGAUUGUUACUUGCAGCAGAGUAACAGGUAUGUGAAUAAAGUACUCAGUAGAUAUUAGACAGCAAACAACAACCGAGUGCAUUAACAAAAACGCCCGAACCCCCUGGUCUUUAAAAAGGAUUGAAUGUGCGCAGAUGCCAUGUGGAUUUGCCGUUAAAGCUUUUCAUUCCGGACGUGUUAAUCCCAGUCAGUCGUGUAGGAUCUGUGAAGAAAACAGUAGCUAAUCUUCGUUUUGCUAGAAAUAAUACUGUUUUUUUAUGCUAUCUGUGGUUCCCAGGUCCAAGUCGCUGAGAAGAUGAUAAGACUGCCCUGUCUAAUCUAUCACUGAUACCAUUCACUUCUGGUCAUCCAUUCUCUAAGUUAAAUGUUUAAAAUUCAACAUAUUUGUGUAACUUCGCUGAUUAAGCUGGAGCGCGUUAACGAAUUAAUUCUCGCCCAAUAUACCUGCCUUCGACUGGGAAAGCACAGGAAUUGUUCUUGAAUGAAUCAAGUGUAUCUUGGAAAGUUGAAAGGCACAUCGCCUGGCUUACGGACAACUUUCCAUUGUGGCAAAACUACGUGGAAAGUAAAUGGAGUGCACAGGUAAAGUUGACGAAGUGGAUUUACAGUCCAAUCGGUUGCGGGAGGCUAGUCACAUGAUAUAUCCGUGACUCUCCACGGAGCACAACAGACUGUCAGGUGCUAUUUCCAUUCGUGAAUCAGCCAAGACAGAGCUAUUAAACUGUGAAAUUACAGUGUUGUUGUAUGUGUGUUGACCAACUCGCGGACAUGGACAGCGCUGAGCGUUAUUAUGCGUCGGCUCAAAUUUAUAACGAGUCGUGCGCUUAUCAACGACCACAGGUCCAAGAAUAUAACCAAAACCCACCGGCGUGUCUCUACGUAGGGAGACAACCACAGACUCCUUACGCAAAUCCUUCAUUGUCAGGGUUUGAUGAAGGAAGCCCCGCUGACAUUUCACCUUUCGAAGUCCCUGCGAUAGAGGAUCCUACAGUUUCGCAUCUCCGCCAUCCGCAGCCUCAGCACCCCAACACCCACUCUCAUCAGGGGGCUUGCUUUGGUAGCGCUCCCGAUAUCAGCAACCUGGAGGGUCACAACAGAACGCAUCUGCCCUUCCCUUGGAUGAAGUCAACCAAAUCCCACGCUCACAUAUGGAAAGGACAAUGGCCGGGGGGCUCAUUCAUGGUGGAGCAGGAAGAAAACAAGCGAACUCGCACCGCCUACACGCGGGCUCAGUUGUUGGAACUGGAGAAAGAGUUUUUAUUCAACAAGUACAUCUCCAGGCCCCGGCGGGUGGAGCUGGCCGUCAUGUUAAACCUCACCGAACGGCACAUUAAGAUCUGGUUCCAAAACAGGAGGAUGAAGUGGAAGAAGGAAGAGGAUAAGAAAAGAGGAAGGAAUGGUGCUCCCGAACAGGACUCGGUUGUAUCCUCUGGGGACCUCAAAGAGGAUCCCUGCGCCCCCACCACUCCGCUCGGAAGAGACCCGAUCACUGCUAAUGUCUCCUCGUCACAACCAGCCAACACCCCCGGGACAUCUUUAAGGAGUCAAGGUACAUGUGCAAGAGACUCCAUGAAAAAUUCGUAAAGUCUGCCAUAAAAAAAAAACAGCGGGGUGACUGGAGAUCAUUCAGUCGACUCUUAGAACGAGAAAACAGUGAGCAGAGUGCUGGAGGAACUCAAUUGGUCAGACAGUAUCAGGGGCAGUGGGAGAGUUGCUUCAUUACGCGAGUGCUGAAACGCGGUUACGCAGAGUUCUCCGGAUGCUCCGGUUUCCUCCCACAUUCCAAAGGAGUGCAGGUUUAUAGGUCAAUUGGCUUAGCCAAACUUGUAAAUUGUCCCGAGUGUGUUGGAUAGUGCUACUGGGGUGAUCGCUGGUCGGCAUUGAUUCGGUGGGCCGAAGAAGCUGUUUCUCUAAACUAAACCAAAUCUGUGGAGGGAAUGCACAGGCACUUAAGAAGUGUCCCCACCCAAAACGUCGCCUGCCCGUUUCCUCCACACAAGCUGCCUGACCCGCCGAGUUUCUCCAGCACUUUGUGUUUUGAAUCAGAAAAAAAUAUUUAAUGUCGAAAGCUGAAACUUACCGCAGCGAAGUGCAAGGCGGACCCCAUUUAGUGACAUUGACAUACAACGCCUUAAUAUCCUGGAAUGCCACGUUUAAAUGUCAGCAGAAGGUUACUCGGGGUUAGACAGAAAUAAAAGCUUGUUUCAAAAACGAAAGUAAGUUGUUUUGUCUCAAGUAAUAUUGCAUAGUCAUCUGGGGUUAUUUUCACAAAUUUUGUUAAUUAUGGAACUAUUAGUUUAAAGUCUCUAGUAAUUGAAUAUUAUCCAUUGCACAGUUUGAAUUGUACCCUGCGAUAAUUAAUCAAAUGCCAUCUCGGGUUAGAAAUGUUGUAUAUUUGCAGUUGUGUUAUACGAAUAUUGAUUGCUAUGUCUUGCGUCUUGUGUUUAAUUGUGCGUGUUUUCCCACGGAUGUUGAGAGGGAGAUAUUUAACUAUUCCUUUUUAGGAAACGGCUUGUUUGUCAUGUUUAUGGAUUUGUAGUCGAUUGAAAUCGAUUGCAUUAUAGCUGCCUCGGAAUUUAAAGAAACGUAUCAAUAAAAUUCACAUCAAACCUAGAACUCAUCUUGUCCAUAUACGUGGAUAGCCUGGGCUGAAAUAAAAGUGUUUCUACGCAAUAGCG